AUGGCCGACACCACUGAAGAGCAAGAGGCAUCUAACUUGGCACACCUCAAGAAGGUCAAGAAUACAGCCAAAACGCCUAUGCCAGAGGAUUCCAUGCUUGAUUUACCAGACCCCGUGUAUCGCCCAGACCACCUGCAUCGCACUUGUUCUGCGCAAGUCAAACGGCGGAAUAGAAUCUUCAAAGCAGAACAACCUCCGCCUCCCGCCACCCGGGUCGGCUUUACAUCAAAACAUCGACGAUCUAAUUCUAGAAGGAAAUCAAAUAAAGCCGACGGAGAUGAUAGAAGCGAUUCUGAUGGCUAUGAGUCGGCGCGCGUACACGGAGAAAAUGAUGCUUCUGCUAUGCGACGCCGUCCCGAGAAACAACUACCUUCGGACUCUGUUCAGAUUGCCAAUGCUAGCUCGUCGAGCUCCACUUCCUUUACACCCGAAGAACAAGAACGCAUCCGCGUAAGCCGUCCUUUAAAUGGUGAACCAGACAUGUGGCAGUCUGCAUCACAAACAUACAAGAACAACACCCCUGAGGCUUUAGCACGCAAAGAGCGCUUGGUUAAGAAUGAAGAUGGCUCGACUAGGACACGUGCCGCACCCCGGCGAUUAUUUGAUUUCAGGAUAAGCGAAUGCAAUGUUUCCUGA